AUGUUUAAAGAAGAGUUAUUAUUUUCUCAAGAACUUAAAACUACGUCGCAAGGUGCAGAUGUUAUGAAUGCAAUAAGCCAAUAUAUGGAGGAACAUGGACUUAUGUGGGAAAGGCUUGCCGGGUUUUGUACUGACGGUGCUCCUGCUAUGCUUGGUUCUCGCUCUGGUCUUGCAGCAUUGGUAAAAACCAAAAAUCCUUCCGCAAUUACGACGCACUGCGUUAUUCACCGUCAAGCAUUGGCUGCCAAAACGCUCCCGGAAUGUUUUACAAUAGCUCUGAAAACAGCUAUAAAAGUAGUUAACUUCAUUAAAAAGAGCGCACUCAAUACUCGUCUAUUCAAACAGUUGUGUUCUGACAUGAACUCUGAACACGAAACUCUGCUUUUCCACACAGAAGUUCGUUGGCUUUCAAAAGGAAACAUGCUGUCGAGGUUGUACGAACUAAGAGAGGAAGUACAAGUAUUCUUAACUAACAAGGAAAACAAAGAGUUGCUAGAUCAGUUCUGUGAGCCCGAAUAUAAAGUACGUUUUGCUUAUUUGGUCGACUUUUUUGCGCAAAUAAAUAAAUUGAACCUUCAAAUGCAAGGGUCCGGAAAUUUGAAGUUGCAAGGCAUGAGCAACAUAUUUGCAUAUGAAGAUAAAAUCAGGGCGUUUAUUGCUAAAAUCGAGCUAUGGAUCAAUAAGAUCGAAAGAAAAAACUUUUCUGCAUUUGAUACGCUCAACCAAAUUAUUGACGGACAAGGUGCAGAUAUUAAAGAAGAAAUUCAGAAGAACGUGAUGCUCCAUUUGACUAAUUUAAAAAGUGAAUUCAAUCGCUAUUUUCCUGACUGCGAGGACAAAAGUAUUCAGAAAUUGAUCCGGAAUCCUUUCAUUGUCAACGUUUCUGAAGUUUCUGAUGAAAUUCAAGAAGAAGUGAUUGAAAUGCAACACAACACGAACUUAAAAGAUACAUUCGAAUCAGGAAUAAAUCUUGAAGAUUAUUGGAGCCAAAAAGCAAUUUUUUUCCAAAGCUUCGAGACAUUGCUAUACGUUACCUAA